AUGCCGCUCCGACUGGACAUCAAGAAGAAGCUUUCAGCGAGGAGUGACCGGGUGAAAUGUGUGGACUUUCAUCCGUCUGAGCCGUGGACCUUGUCGGCGCUCUAUUCAGGCAACAUCUUCAUCUGGGACUACAACACCCAGACGCUUGUGAAGCAGUUCGAGGUUUGCAACCUGCCGGUGCGGUGUGCAAAGUUCGUCACCCGCAAGCAGUGGAUCGCCACCGCGUCGGAUGACAUGCACAUCCGGGUGUUCAACUACAACAGCUUGGAGAAGGCUCACGAGUUCGAGGCUCACACCGACUACAUCCGCUACAUCGCAAUCCACCCCACGCUGCCAUAUCUCCUCUCGUCCUCAGAUGAUAUGUCCAUCAAGCUUUGGGAUUGGGACAAGAACUGGCAGAAUCUGCAGGUUUUUGAGGGCCACGCGCACUAUGUGAUGAUGUGCCAGUGGAAUCCGAAGGAUACAAACAUCUUCUGCUCUUGCUCCCUCGACCGCUCCAUCAAGGUUUGGGGUGUGUCGGGUGGAGCAGGUUCUAGCAGCUGCCACUUCACCCUCACCGGACACCAGCGCGGGGUGAAUUGUGUGGAGUACUCUCCUGGCGGCGAAAAGCCAUACAUCAUUUCCGGGUCUGAUGACAGAACUGUGAAGAUCUGGGACUAUCAGACCAAACAGUGCAUCCAGACCCUGAGCGGGCACACCAACAACGUGUCCUACGCUCUCUUCCACCCUGCCUUGCCCAUCAUUCUCACCGGCAGCGAGGAUGGCACGGUCAGAAUAUGGCACGGCUCGACAUAUCGCUUAGAGGCGACACUCAGCUACUUCCUGGAGCGUGUCUGGUCCAUCGCCGUGCUCAAGGGCUCAAACACAGCCGCGCUGGGCUAUGAUGAGGGCACUGUCGUGAUCAAACUGGGCAGCGAGGAGCCAGUUGCCUCCAUGCACUCUGGCAAGAUCAUUUGGGCCAAAGGCAACGAGAUCCAGACGGCCAACCUGAAGCUGCUGGACGAGGGCACGGCCGCCCGCGAGGGCGAGAAGGUGCCGCUCAGCGUGAAGGACAUGGGGGCGGCAGAGGUCUUCCCUCAGUACAUUGCGCACCAUCCCAACGGUCGGCUCUUCGCCGUGUGCGGCGACGGGGAGUUCGUCAUCUACACCGCUCAGGCGCUUCGAAACAAGUCCUACGGUCCUGCCCUCGAGUUUGUUUGGGCCUACUCCGGCGCCUAUGCCACCCGGGAUGGCAAUGGCAAGAUCACCGUCUUCCAGGAUUUCAAGGAGAGCUUCUCCUUUAAGCCGCAGUUUACCGUGGAGGAAAUCUUUGGAGGUCGGCUGCUGGGCAUCCGCGGCGGGGACUUCAUUUGCUUCUACGACUGGACCGAGUACCGCUUGGUGCGGCGCAUUGACGUGGUUCCCAAGGACGUGAUUUGGUCUGAGGAGGGAACCUCUGUUGUGCUCAUUUGUCCAGACUCCUUCUACGUUCUCAGGCAUGACAAAGACGCUUGCCAAGCGGCGCUGAUCUCCGGAGUGCAGGUAGACGAGGAUGGCGUCGAGGCAGCCUUUGAUCUCCAAAAUGAGAUCAGCGACAAAGUGGUGAGCGGGAUUUGGGUGGGCGACUGCUUCGUCUACAUUUCCAGUGCCCAGCGGCUGACCUGCAUGGUGGCCGGCUCACAGGAGACCUUGGCCCAUUUGGACCGAACACAGUACUUGCUAGGCUAUAUGCCAGAGCAGUCGAAGAUGUACCUCAUUGACAAAGAGCUCAAUGUUACACCAUACACUCUCCAUAUGGCGCUCAUAGAAUACCAGUCUGCCAUCAUGCGCAAGGACUUUGCGACAGCGGAGACCUACUUUGCGCAGCUCCCCGAGUCGCUGCACAACCGCAUCGCCCGGUUUCUGGAGAAUCAGGGCUACCAGUCGGAGGCGCUGCAGAUCUCCAAGGAUGACGAGCACCGCUUUGAGCUGGCCACGCAGCUGGGCAAACUGCAGAUGGCCGCGGACAUCAUCCUCAGCAUUUCUGCGCAGGCCAACCCAGCGAUGCCUCCGCGCGGCAAGUGGAAGAACUUGGGAGAUGUGGCCCUUGAGCAAGGCGACUUCUCGCUGGCGAAGCGCUGUUUCAGCGAGGCGAAGGACCUCGGCGCCCUCUUUUUGCUGUACACCUCCGUGGGCGAUGCCGAGGGUGUGAUGGCCACUGGCAAGCUGGCCGAGGAGAGCAACAUUUGCAACAUCUCCGUGUUGUGCUACCUGCUGCUGGGCCAGACCAAGGCUGCCCUGGAGGUGCUGGUGAACGCCAAUCGCCUGCCGGAAGCGGCCUUCUUCGCUCGGACGUAUUGCCCCAGCGAGCUCUCCAGAAUUGUGCAGAUCUGGACAGCAGACCUGGCGAAAGUGAACCAGGCGGUGGCGGAUUCCCUGGCCGACCCGGCGAAGUUCCCGGACCUUUUCGCGGACUACAACCUCACCCUGACGGCAGAGAAGGUCUUUGAGGCCAAGAGGAAAGCUCCUCCGCCUGCCUCGGCCUAUGCAACAGAGAAAGAGUUUUUGGAGAUGGAUGUCAUGGAGGAGAUCAAGAAGCUGGGUCCAGACGGCUUCCAGAGCUUGCUCCUCAAAGGCGCGAGUCCCGCCGCCAACGACUUCACCCCGCCCCCCCGGCCUGCGCCAGCGGCCGCGCCAGCACCGGCGCCAGCUCCGGCGCCGGAGCCCGCCCCGGCGCCGGCGGCGCCGGCGCCGGUGGAGGUGGAUCUGCUGUCGUCGCCGGAGCCAGCUCCCGCGCAGUCAGCCCCAGAGACCGUGGUGGAGUCCUCAUCCCCUGAGCUGUUGGUGCCAGAUGCAGCAGCACCAGCGCCGGAAUCCGCUGGGGAGCCUCCGGCGCCAGAGCAGAGUGGAGGAGGAGAUGCAGACCUGGUGGACCUCCUCUGA